AUGAAAGAUACUGCUGCUCAGUCAGAGGCUAGAGCAUCUGCACGUAACUAUGCUAUUCGAGCUAGAGAGGAAGCCACUACUCCAUAUGUAAUUGCUGCGGAAAAGAAGUUACCUGUUGAAUCUAUUGAUUAUGAUAUUCAAGAAUUUGAUGUUAUUUUGGGAAUGGAUUGGUUAUCUUUACAUGAAGUUGUGAGAUUGAUGCGAAAAGGUAAUAAGGCAUUUUUAGCCUAUAUUUUUGAUACUCGGGGUUCAGAAUCAAAGCUAGAUCAGUUACCGGUUGUUGGUGAGUUUGCUGAUGUAUUUUCUGAGGAAUUGUCGAGUUUACCACCUGAUCGUGAAGUUGAGUUUGUAAUUGAUGUGAUUCCUGGAACUACUCUGAUAUCAGUAACACCAUACCAUAUGACACCAGUUGAAUUAAAAGAGUUAAAGGCACAGUUGCAAGAGUUAUUAGACUGA